UCCAGCGAAUUCCCAUUUCUGAAGUAUGGCUGGUGCUCUACUUUCUGCUAUCGUGGAGCGGCUUGGUUCUUUCAUUUCUUCAGAGUUCAAGUUGACAGUAACUGUUAAGGAAGAAGUCCAAGAGCUUGAAACCAAAUUCCGUACCAUUCAGGCAGUGCUCAAUGAUGCUGAGAAGAGGCAGCUGAAGGAGGAAGAUGUGAAGCUUUGGUUAGAUAAGCUCGAAGGCGUAUCGUACGAGAUCGACUACAUGUUGGAUGAGUGGAACACUGUCAUGAUCAAAGCAGAGAUUGAGAAACAACAAAAAGAAUUCGAAGAAAAAGAAAAAGCUGAAACUAGUACUGCUAAGAAGAGGAAGGUAUGGCCCCUCAUCUCCUACUUCAAUUUCUCAGUUCCUAAUCUUUUACCGCAUCGUGAUAUUGCUCAUAAGAUACAAGAACUUAACGAAAAUUUAGAUGAGACUUACAAAGAGAGGGAGAUGUACGGGUUUGAAUUGAGUAGGCCCAUUCAAGAAGUAAUUGAGAGACCAAAAACUACUUCUUAUGUUGAUGUGUCUGAAAUUCUUGGUCGUGAUAAGGUUAAGAAUGAUCUAGUGAGCGCCCUAUUGGGCAAGGGUACUGAAAAAGAUAAACACCCCCAUGUAAUCUCUUUGGUGGGCAUGGGCGGUAUUGGAAAAACUAUUCUUGCCCAAUUAGCCUACAAUGAUCAGGAGGUGCAAGCCCUUUUUGAGAUAAAAGUGUGGGUUUGUGUUUUGAAUCCUUUCGAUCAGUGCAAGGUUGCCAAAGAAAUCCUUGAAUCUAUUGAACGUCGAUCCUCCAACUUGACUGCAUUGCAAAGUCUAUUGGAUAGAAUUUGUGAUAAAGUUGGGUGA